AUGUCUUCUUACCGCUUUGUUGUCGCCCGUCCACCAGUCAAAAGCCAUCCGGCUUUACUCCCAGUAUUUCCGCCCCUCGAAUCUGCGCUGGCCAAUCGAUUUAGUUCUAUCCGCCAACCGAAGAAGCCAUUUGGUGAUCCCCGUUUCUCUCUCACCACCCAUGUUGUCCCCUCCAACUUUCUUCGAUCGACUGCCCCAGCAACUUCCCCUCCACCACCACCAGCAGAUCCUACCGCUAGCAAAGACGAACGCCGAGCUGUCGCGCAAGCACGAUUGGAGUGGGUGAAAGCGCAACAGGCUGGUGAACGGGGAAGACAUGAAAGGGUGUUGGUGAAUGUUGUCAACCGGUAUGUGGCCCUCAAGCCACAAGGGCAUGGAAGGACAGUAUUUCUCGCACAUGCCAAUGGGUUCCCGAAGGAGCCAGCUAUCCUGGACUUGCUCGCGAAGAAAGGCGGCGACGUAGACGAAAUCUGGGCCUGGGAGGCAAACCACCAUGGCGCCUCGUUUGUGGCUAACCACGCACCGUUUACGGCUUGCGACUGGUCCGACGAUGCGCGCGACAUACUCAAUUUCCUGCUCCAUUUCCUCCCCAGCGAAGUCCUGACAGAGCUCCCGCUUGUCCUCCCCCCGCGUAGCCCCGACAGAAAGCGCUUUGCGCAGAAUUCGCGGCUUCAGCAACCGCAAUCUAUUCACCCGAUAAUGGAGCCCCGGCUAUUCACCAGCCUGAUGCUGAUUGACCCAGUCAUUAUACGUUCAACCGACCCUAGCACUCCUCCAGGUCAUCCAUCACGCACCGAAGCAGCCCUCUCUCGGCGCGAAUCGUGGCCCUCUCGUCAGGCAGCAUCAGACUCGUUCAAAUCGAAUCCAUUCUUUGCGUCCUGGGAUCCGCGUGUUCUCGAGGCAUACAUUGAAUACGGGCUAGUUGAAGGCUCCGAUGAAAGUGUAAGAUUGGCCAUGCCAGCGCUGCAAGAAGCGCUCAAUUUCGAAGCGACAAGCACCAGUGGCGCGGUCUGGGAUCUAAUCCCCACUAUUGACCCCCGCAUCCCGCUGAGAUGGGUUGUGCCCGGGCGUCCAGGCGAGCCAGAGAUUGGGGGUCCCAAUUCAACGCAAGAACGCGUAUGGCUCCGGCCGGAAAACGCGUCCAACGUUCGUAUAUCACAGGCAGGGCAUCUGGUUAGUCCAAGUCUUAUCAUUCGUCAUCUCUAA